UGGUGUAAAUUAUACAUUAUAUCAAACUCAAAAACACCCUUUCUUCGGAAUUCGUAGUCACCUGAACUAAUAACCAUAUCGCGUCUCAGACCAUCAUGCCGUCCGCCUGUGACUCUCUGAUUGAGGACAUUGAGGACAUGGUGUCCUCUAGCGACCCCACUCCUCAGGAGAGACAGUCUGCCAGAAAGAGUAUCAUACCGAGGUCCAGGAGGAAAAAAGAACUUCUGAGCCAGGAGGAGCUCCAAGCUGACAGUGUGAUCCCUGGCACCCAAAAAAUCUGGAUGAAAACGUGGGGCUGUAGCCAUAACAACUCAGAUGGAGAAUACAUGGCCGGACAGCUAGCUGCCAGCGGAUACAAGAUGACUGAUGACCCAACAGAUGCAGACCUUUGGGUGCUCAACAGCUGCACUGUGAAAAACCCUGCAGAGGACCACUUCAGAAACUCAAUCAAAAAAGCCCAGGAACAGCAGAAAAAGGUGGUAGUAGCAGGUUGCGUUCCCCAGGCUCAGCCACGGAUGGACUACCUCAAAGGACUCAGCAUCAUUGGGGUCCAACAGAUUGAUCGAGUGGUGGAAGUAGUGGACGAGGCCGUUAAAGGCCACUCAGUCCGACUGUUGGGUCAGAAGAAAGAUGGAGGCCGGAGGCUUGGAGGAGCUAGACUGGACCUGCCCAAAAUCAGGAAAAACCCUCUCAUUGAAAUCAUCUCCAUUAACACCGGGUGUCUGAAUGCAUGUACCUACUGCAAGACAAAGCAUGCCAGAGGAGACCUGGCUAGCUAUCCCAUUGAGGAACUAGUGGAGAGAGCCAGACAGUCUUUCCAGGAGGGAGUGUGUGAGAUCUGGUUGACCAGCGAAGACACAGGAGCUUAUGGCAGAGACAUAGGGACAGACCUGCCCACAUUACUGUGGAGAUUGGUGGAGGAGAUUCCUGAAGGAGCCAUGCUGAGGCUGGGUAUGACCAACCCUCCAUAUAUCCUGGAACACCUAGAGGAAAUGGCCAAGAUAUUGAAUCAUCCACGCGUCUACGCUUUCCUUCAUGUUCCUGUGCAGUCGGCCUCAGACAGCGUCCUGAUGGACAUGAAGAGAGAGUAUUGCAUAGACGACUUCAAAAAAGUGGUGGACUUCCUUAAAGAGAGGGUCCCAGGUGUGACCAUUGCUACAGAUUUAAUCUGCGGUUUUCCCGGUGAGACGGAGGAAGACUUCCAAGAGACAGUAGACUUGGUGAAACUGUACAGAUUCCCAAGUCUCUUCAUCAACCAGUUCUAUCCCAGACCCGGUACACCUGCCGCUAAGAUGGAGCAAGUACCAGCACAUGUGAAGAAGCAGAGGACUAAAGAGCUGUCACAACUCUUCCACUCAUACAACCCAUACGACCACAAGGUCGGGGAGAGGCAACAUGUUUUGGUGACAGAGGAGUCAUUUGAUGCCCAAUACUAUGUGGCUCAUAACAAGUUCUACGAACAGGUGCUGGUGCCUAAAAGGGCUGAGUUCAAAGGGAAGAUGAUUGAGGUGGACAUCUACGAGGCAGGAAAACACUUCCUGAAAGGCCAUCCUGUAGAAGACAGUAAGCCUUUCACUCCCUCGAUUGCUGCACCGCUUCAGAAAGGAGAGGUGUCUGGCCUGAUGCAGGAAAAGAUGUCCAAUGGCGUCCAAGGUCCAGCUUCCUCUGAGCCUGCUUCGUCUGUUUUGUUGUUCCGCUCUCACAGUCUGGACAGGGAAACAGUGAAGAAGCUGGGAAUCGGGCUCACUCUGGCAGCAGCUAUCUUGGCCUUUCUUAUAGAGAAACUGUACUGAUAAAGCAUCUGUAAACGAGAAGAAGAGUGUAAAGAAGCAAGAGGACAGUGACAUCUUAAGAGCCAAAACAGUGUGUUUGAAGCAGAUGAAAAAAGUCUCCUUAUGUCUCUUGUAACAUACUUAACCAGCUCUCGUUCAAUUUUGAAUAAACCCAAAGAAAAAAGACAGAUGGAUUCAGUGACA